CUUAGUGCAAGUUUAUUACAUCCGGGCACGUUGCAUUCGUGGAUAUUCAUUCAAGAUGGCUACGCAAGCAGCAAGCAAGAAGAAGAAGGUGAAGGGAAAGACGAUCAAUCUCAAUGACUUCUUGUCCGAUGGGACCGGCAAUGCGCCGGGGACCAGCUAUGUCAUGGCUAAUAAGUCAUGGGCGGAGCGGACCGACGAGGCAGAGGACAUAAGCAUGUCAUUUACUGAGUCUAAACCGCUGCCCAGUCGAGCUGCAUUGCCAACAGCCCCUCGCAGUGCCCAGCCGGCUCAGAUAGAUUACUCCAAGCUGCCAGAGAAGCCACCCUACACUGUCUAUCUCGGUAACAUCCCGUUUGAUGCCGAUGAAGGCGAUAUCACCAACUUCCUAAGGAACUGCAGUGUGAGUCAGGUGCGUUUGCCCAGAGAAGGUGACAGGCUGAAAGGUUUUGGAUACGCUGAGGUGGAUGACAUGGAAUCUCUUCUGGCAGCACUGGCUCUCAAUGACCAGACAAUUAGAUCAAGGCGUAUUCGAGUGGAUCUGGCAGGCCAGGGACACCAAGAUGGAAAAGAGGAUCGUACCAACAGUGACUGGAGGGCUCGAGGCAACGACGGCGGCACAAGCUUUGGCAGAGGGGAUGAUCGGCGAGGCAAUAGGUACUCAGACCGAUACCAAGACAGGUCAAGUUAUGAUAGAUAUGGGGACGCCGACAGAGGCUACGGCUUUGACAGAAGGACAAACGAUGGUUCAUAUGGUGGAAGAAGAAAUGAUGAUGGCUUCGGUAACAGCGGUGGUAGCAGUGAUGAUAAUUGGAGGCGUCCACCUGCUGAACAGUCGGGUGGUCCCAGUGAGGGCCGUGGGGGAGGUUGGAGGUUCGAUGAGCGUGGCCGAAGCGGAGGCUUUGGAAACGACAGAGACCGCGGAUUUGGCAAUGAUCGGGGCUACAGUGGAGAUCGGGACCGCGGCUAUGGCUUUGACAGGGACCGUGGCUAUGGGGGUGACAGAGAUCGCAGCUAUGGUGGUGACAGAGAUCGAGGUUAUGGCGGUGACAGAGAUCGAGGUUAUGGCGGUGAUCGAGAUCGAGGCUAUGGCGGUGAUAGAGAUCGAGGUUAUGGUGGUGAUAACUACCAGGGUGGUGACCGGGAUCGCGGGUAUGACCGUGGCCAUGACGACAGGGGAAGGGGUGGUGGGGGCUUCGGUGGAGACAGAGACCGUGGAUAUGCCAACGACCGAGGAGGCUAUGGAGGUGAUCGCGACUGGGGUGACAGAGGGGGCAGGUCACGAGGAUUUGACAACUAUUCUGAACCUCGUGACAGGGGCUACGGAGACCGGGAUCGUGACAGAGGGGGAUACAGGGACAGGGAUUAUGGGGACAGAGAUGGCAGACGUCCAUACGGGGGUGGGGGCUUCCCAAGAGGGGUGGAACGAGAAGACUCCAGGGAAGGCGGCGGCAGCGAGCAGGAAGGCCCUCGUGAACGCAAAAAGCUUGUCCUGACGAAGCGAUCGGAGCAAACCACUGAAACGGUGCCGCCAAAUAAGGCGCCGUCCUCCUCGUCCAUUUUCGGCGGAGCCAAGCCGGUUGACACUGCCGCUCGCGAACGGGCGAUUGAGGAGAGGCUAGAGCGGGAGAAACGACUAGAGGAACAGGAGAGGAUGAAAUCGGAGAAGGACAAAGAGACCAUGAUCAGGAGGGAAAGACCUGAGCGCCCCCGGCGUGAGAGUGAAGGAGAAGGAAGAACAAGACACAGCAGCUCCAGCUCUGGGAAAGGAGGGCCCAGGCCAAUCAUCGCAAGGAGAGAGAGUGAGCGCUCAAAUGAGGAUGACUCUACUUUUCACAAAGAAGAACCCUUGUCUCCCACGUCCCCCACGGCGCCCAAGUCCCCAAAGACCCCGAUCUCACCCCGCGAAGAGAUCAACCUCCAGAAUGUGGUGCCGGCACCCCCGCCCAAGGAGAACGCCUGGGCCAAGCGCAGCGAGACGGUCACUUCUCCCCCACCAGUGCCGGCCAGCUCAGUGCCCUCCGGUGCGCCGGUGCCCCAGCAGACGUCGCCCCCUGCCAGGGAGACAGAGGUCCAGAGGCACAGAGGGGAAGGCAGACAGGAGCCACAGUUAUCAUCGCCUGAUGGCACCAAGCAGUACCGGGAGGCGGGGCCGCCCAAGGAGAAUGCCUGGAAGCGAGAUGGGAGGCCGGUUGGCCGGGGAGAACGAGGAGGUCAUGCCAGGAAACCAGGUGAUCAAGGAGUGCCAGCAGCGGGCCGGGGUGACAGACGGAAAGACGGAGACCAACGCGCUCAGCCCGGGAGGGAAGACAAACGGGACAACAGACGCCGAGAGGAAAAACCUGCCAAGAAGCAACCGUCAGAAAUGCCCAAAUACGAGAAGCCCGCCCCACCAAAUUGGAGCCAACCAAACAAGUUCUCCAGUCUGAUGACGGAAGAUGACCUUCCAGGCUCAGACUAGAGCUAGCUUGGACGAGCUUCUUGCGCCCCUGGUGUCACGACAGGGAUAAUGACAGGCAACCGAAUCCAGGCCGUGAUUUCUUUUACCCACCACUGUCCCCAUUGCCAAUGCUGUGGUCACCAUUUUGAACACAUCAGCGGAUUUACCUCAGCAGUUGCCAGAGUCAAGGUGACACAAGUCACCUCAAGUCUCUUGGCAAGUGGCAAGCUUUUCAAAUCAACUGUCACAAAGGCGUGCCAUUUGUCAUUGGUUCACGUGUUUGUCAUUGUUCACAAGUCUCGGUCUCGGGACAUGGGAUGAGCUUUUCAGAUGAACUGUAACAAAGGCAUGCCAAUUGUCAUUGGUCGACCCCUGCUUUCUUCAAUACUUGACUCACACUCUGCAGUGUCAUUAGCUUGUGGUUGGCCGGAUAACAACUGCAGUCACUGAAGAAUCAAUGUAAGCAUUAAUCAGUUGUCAGAAACAAAACUGGAAAUUAAGCAAGAAACAAAGCUGCUAAAACAAGUCACUGAGAUAUAGAAAGUGAAUGAAUUACCAAGAAUCUCAAAUCACGUCAGACACAUGUACAUGUAUUUUCUAUUUAUUACAAUUAAGGACUCUCUCAAUACAUGUCAUUGAAGGUUAAGUUGAAUUAUGCUAUUCUUUUUCCCUCAUCAUCAAAUCUGUUUUCAGUUUGCUAAACACAGAAAGGCACAGGCUGUUUUUGUGAAAAAAUAUUUCUUUUGAUCGUUUUCUCUUCUCGAUGAGUUUGAAUCUGGCGUAUUGUCUUAGAAAAACUAUUUUUUUUAACAGCUCCGUUCUAAACGUAUAAAAAACCAAUUUAUAAAUAACGAAUGCCUUUUUAACAGGUAUUACCUCUGAGAGAGAAAUCACUGUGUUACAUACCUUCUGCCAUUUUCGAAUCAGUGGAAAUAACUAAGUAUAUAUGGUGCGUAUUUUCUUUUUUCUCCUGUUUUGUUGGCUUACUUGUGGAUAAGAAUCAAUCUAUUGUGGGAUGGAUCGGUUUUGAUUGUUGAAAACCUUCGCAGCUGUUGGUUCAGGAGAAUAACUAUAUGGCUCAUACACAGUCCCGGGUAAUCCUGGAACUCCAAAAUCUGUGUUUCGGUUAGUCAUUGUACAGUUUAAAGACAGACUUUUCGUCAUAAAAAUACAAGUGAACUGACUGAAACAGUAUUUUAUUUCUCCAAAUAUUAGCACAUUUAAUAUAUGCAUUUUUUUGAUUUCUUCUUUGACGUAAUCUUUGCUGCCAAAAGACUGGUUUUUAUUCAUCCCUUAUAAUUCCAAGUUCAAAAGAAAACGAGAUGUGAGAAAUCCAUUCAGGUGACAGUUCUUUAGUUCGCAAAGUCACUAGCAUUAGAAACAAUUCUUUCCUUUGUGUCACUGUUAAUAUGUGAACCACGUGUACAAUGUACAUUUUGUAAUAAUUGAACAAUUAAGAGAUGUACUUUUAUAUUAAAUGGUAGAAUGUUUUGGCCCGUUUACGGUAAUUCGUGUCAUGUACCAAGGGAAGUUUGGAAGGGUUGAAGCUGGUUCAUUCAGAGGCCAAAGAGAAAUGUCAGAUUUGUCAUAACAACGCCUCGAUUUUUGUGGCGAGGCAUUACCGAUCACCCAGUCUCUUUUAAAAUGGCAACGUUAAUGUGUAGUGUAGAACCGACAGGUAGUUCAUUCCUGUCUUGCUCUGAUCUUAACUUAGUAAUAAAUCAGUAAUGCUGUUCACGUUG